ACCAGACCCAAAAUACGCCGCGAUGACAUCGUCCCUCGACGCCUUCCCAGCAGAGCUGUUCCUAGAAGUCGUCAAAUACCUCACACACCAUGAUCUAGCGCAGCUUAUGCGCGUCUCACACCGCCUGCACCAACUGAUCGAGCCUGUCGUGUGGACGAAGAUCGAGCUGCACAGGUUCUCCUUCCAUGAAGAUAACGCCCUCGUGCAGCUCCGGCAGGGGGAGGCAGCCUUGCAGCGACCGUAUCGACGACCUGCUAAUCUACUUAACCGGCGAGAGACGUACUGGGUGGAUAACCUGGACCGAGAUCAAGACGUAGCAUCCACGCUAUUCCUGAAUCUUUUCUGCCAAAAGACGUUAGUUGAUCGGCAUCGAGCAGAGCAUUUGGCCGGCUUGGUGCGCUGGCUGUGUGUGCCUGUUAAUGGGUGGAACGCCAAUCUGGGGCAGGGCAGUAACGCGGACAAAUUGGAUCCCUGGAACGCGCUCGCGACGCUCAAGAAUCUCGAGUAUCUCGAGAUCUCAGCUCUCUGGAAGUCUCCCGACGAGGUGGAGCCUUUCAAGGGCGGUGCGCAGCCGCUGUCGAAGCUGCAGACCCUCAAGCUGCGGGGAUAUAUCCCAGCGGAGUUCGUACGCUACGCUUGCGCCAACCCUUCGACGAUUACCGAGCUGCAGCUGGCCAUUCUCGAUGCACCCAUCGGAUCGAUCCUGUGCAGAGAGCGGCCAAAUCCGCCUCCGCCAGCCGAUCCUGAAGAUGACGAGCCGGAGGACUUCGAUCAGGAGGUGGUUGCACCCCGUCCGCUCGCCUGCCUGACGCCUGAAAUCAUCUCCCAAUUCACCUCUUUGACCCAUCUGUACCUCUGCAGGCCCUGCGACGGCCCUGAGCCUGCCGAAGGUUAUACGGAUAUAUGCGACAUAUACACGUCCAUAAAGUCCGACACGCGCGCGCUAAAAGAAUGGGCCUCCCUGAUUCGCUCCACAAGAAGCCACCUCUCGCAGCUCACCCUCGACCAGCGACCAGUAGGCAACUCAACCGAGCCCGACGCCACCGAAAACGCAGAGUUCCUGGAAGAAUACUGCAACGGCCCAGGGUACCUGCGGUUCGUCGAACUCGUGCUGCCAGCGCUGCUGGAGGACGCCGACUGGCCUGCACUACGGCGCAUCAGGCUGUUCGGCUUUGAGAACGAGACGCCCGGGGAGAAGAGCCACGAUUUAGUAGGGAGGUUGAAAGAGUGGUUUGGCGACGGCGUCGACGUAGUGAAUGGACGUGGGAGGAGAAUCAUUAUGGAGGAUGAUACUGGGGAGGUUCAGAGCGGGGGCGAUGCGUUGGAUACUUGCAAUAGCUUUGACGAGGAGGAUGAAGGGGAGACACCGCUUUGGCAGAUCCGCGAGGGAAGCGCAUGGGGCGACUGGAGUUUCGGAUCGGUUCCUAGGCUGGCGUAGCGGAAGCUCCCUGUGGGAUCUGGCAACACGUUAAAAGACCUCAUUCAUACGUACUCACUGGGCUGUUGUCGGAAUUAAGUAAAAGCC